CCUGAGUGAUGCUUUGCCUGUCAGGAAUCAUAUCGUGGCUGCAGGACAUACUUGUGUACUGUGUGAUACAAGAGAGUUCAGCUCUGCCUCUGAUGUAUCGUCCCUGAUGACGCAAGAGCCGCGGUUCGAGGCUGCGCUGGCCAUUCAUCUUUUCAAAGGAGGCAGGCUUCUUUUAGAUGCUGGAGUGCCGUUUGGGGUGGUGUUUGGAGGGACGGAUGUCAACGAGGACGUAAAAGAUGAGCACAAGAGAGCUGUGAUGGAGGAAGUUCUGCGGAAGGCCAGGUUUGCUGUGGCGUUCACUGAUAAGUUGAAAGAACGCGCCAAGGUGCUCUUGGUAUGUGAGAGCAAGAAGAUCUAUGUACAGCCUCAAGGGAUUGAGACCAGAGUGGCAUCACAUUUCAGCUGGAGUGACUUUUUACACAGCACAGGUGUGUGUACCAAGAAAGUGGGAAAUCUACGUGUGUUUCUGCUGGUAUGUGGACUCAGACGAGUUAAGGAUCCUUUGUAUCUUCUAGAAGCUUUUGCAGAAUGGCACAGUCAGAACCCCCUAGUGGUCCUCAUCAUCAUUGUUCCAAAGGCGAUGGAUUUAGGUUUGCCUGUUUUAGCGAGGGAUGUUCCUGGAAAUGCUGCAAUAGUCGAGCAUGAGGUCACAGGACUGCUGUACACAAGCCCUCAGGAAUUUGUAAGCUUGUCCAGAAAGCUGCUGGAUGGCCGUGGGCUCCAGGAAAGACUGGUGAGAAAUGGAAAGAAUUACAUUACAGCUUGCCACAACCCGAUGAAGGAGAGAAUAACCUAUCAGAAACUGGUGGAGACUCUUUACUGA